CUUUUAUCGAACAGAGGGCUUUAUCCUUCUAUUAUUUUUUUAUAUUAAAUCUAGGACUUUGUUUGAGCUUAAAUGCUUAAAGAAAAUUUAAGAUAAGAAUAAUCAUGAUUAAUUCUACUAAAAAUGAGUUCAUAGUAGGGAACCGGUAUAGAUUAAUUAGAAAGAUUGGUAGUGGUUCUUUUGGUGAUAUUUAUCUCGGAGUUAAUAUUUAUAAUGGCGAAGAAGUUGCUGUUAAAAUUGAAUCUGUAAAAGCAAGACAUCCUCAAUUGCAAUAUGAAAGCAAAUUAUAUAAACUAUUUCAAGGUGGAAUUGGCAUACCACAUAUAAGAUGGUUUGGUGAUGAGAGAGGAUUUAAUCUGAUGGUAAUGGAUUUAUUAGGCCCAAGUUUAGAAGAUCUUUUUAACUUUUGUUCAAGACGUUUUACAUUAAAAACUGUUUUGAUGUUAGCUGAUCAAAUGAUAUCUAGGUUAGAAUAUAUUCACCACAAAAAUUUCAUUCAUCGGGAUGUUAAGCCUGAUAAUUUUUUGAUGGGGAUUGGGAGACAUUGUAAUAAGUUAUACAUAAUAGAUUUUGGUUUGGCUAAAAAAUAUCGUGAUAAUCGCACUAGACUACAUAUUCCUUAUAGAGAUGAUAAAAAUUUAACAGGCACAGCAAGAUAUGCUAGUAUAAAUGCACAUCUAGGCAUUGAGCAAAGUCGGCGUGAUGAUAUGGAAUCUUUAGGAUAUAUUUUGAUGUAUUUUAAUAGGACUAGUUUACCUUGGCAAGGAUUAAAGGCUGCUACAAAAAAACAAAAAUAUGAAAAAAUCAGUGAAAAAAAGAUGUCCACUCCAGUUGAAGUCCUAUGCAGGGGCUUCCCAGCUGAAUUCUCUAUGUAUCUCAACUACUGUCGUUCGCUGCGCUUUGAAGAAGCCCCUGACUACAUGUACCUCCGCCAACUAUUUCGCAUUCUGUUCCGAACCCUUAACCAUCAAUAUGACUACUGCUUUGAUUGGACCCUGCUUAAACAAAAACACAAUGAUUUCGGAACUGGUACCUCUUCAUCCACUACGAAUGUAGGGGCUGCGGCUGCUGUAGGUGAUUCGCCCGUAAAUCAGCAGCAAAACCAGCCUGGAAAUUCAGGCAACUUCGAUGAUAAUAAUCCUGCAGCAUCAAAUUUGGCCAAAUUGUUGACCAAUUUGGCGGCUGGAGGCUCUGGCUUACUAUCCUCUUCAACCAACAACCCAGCUAACCUUUUAAACCAUAAUAAUAACCUCCCUUCUGGCUCCAACGCCAACAACUCAAUGUUUCAACAAAUUGGAUCAGGAAGUAAAGGUGGUACAGGAGAUAAUUUUUUACUUUACCCUCCUCCACCCGAGCAGAAUAACCAGGCUCCUCCAACUCCUUCAAAUAUGGCAGUAUGUGGAUCUACUAUUUUGGAUAAUGGAGGCAAUUUGGGUCCCAACUAUUGAAAAAAAUUGUAACUAAAUUUCACUUUUAACUCCCCCAAAGCUUCUCGCAACGAAAUGAACAUUUACUACCUUUUAAUGACAUUAUAUUAUGAUAUUUUAUUUAACUUAAGAAUUUCAAGAAUUAUAUAUGUAAUAUUUUUUUAUUGGAACAAAAAAACGAACAUAAUCUAAUAAUUAUAUUUUGUAUUUAUUAUUUACCG